AUGGACAAAAUUACCUCUUUCGAGCUUCCCAAGUGGAUUACAAAACAUAAGAGUGCUUCUCUAGUGUUAGCCGGCAGUGCGACUCCGGCUUUGUCAAUUCAGGAUCUAAUCCAGCUCUCCUCGGACAAGCAGACAACUUCCAGCAACUUGUCUGUUGAGACCUUGAAACUGAAUCUGGGUCCAGGAAAUGGAAGUGAGAAUCUCCGCCAGCAGAUCGCCGGGCUGUACGACGAGAAGAUCACUGCAGACAACAUUUUAGCUACCAAUGGAGCAUCAGGGGCCAACUCGCUUGUGUUCCAAAGCUUGCUGGAGCCCGGAGAUCAUGUCAUCGCCAUGUAUCCCUCCUAUACACCUCUUCUGGCUAUUCCGAAAGCCAAAGUUGGCAAGGAUAUCUCAUAUUGGUCUCCCGAUUUGAACAAUCAAGGCCAGAGUGACCUUCAGCAAUUGAAAGACAUGAUCAAACCUACUACAAAAAUGAUUGUCCUCAACAACCCUAACAACCCCCUAGGAACCAUCCUGAACCUCGAAAUGCAGCACGCAAUCGUGGCUCUGGCCCGUGAACAUGGGAUUAUCCUUGUAGUUGAUGAGAUCUUCCGCCCACUAUUCCAUGACUCGACAAACCCGCCAUCCUUCCUGGAGCUCUCCGAAGAGAAUGACAACAUCAUCGUCACUAGCUCUGUGAGCAAGGCUUGGGGCCUAUCCGGUACUCGAGUAGGCUGGAUCGCCACGAAAAGCGCCAAAAUCCUCUCACAAUGCUUCAACCUGGGGCUCUACACGAUCAUGGCCAUUGGCACAAUUGAUGAUGCCAUUGCUGCGGAGGCUCUGAGUGAUCGAUGCCGACCUCAGAUCCUGGCGAAGCAUCUAGAAUUGGCCCGGAAGAAUCUCGUCCUCCUUGAAAGUUUUGUGAACAAGCACGAGGGUGUUUCGUGGAUCAAGCCGAGCUCGGGGGCGACGGCUUUCGUACGCUUCUCCUCCACUGGAGUGCCCGUGGACGAUGUUGAGUUCUGUCUGAGACUGAAAGAGCGCAAGGGCGUUCUGUUAGCUCCUGGAAGUCUUUGCUUUGGUUUGCCAGCUGCUCAAGAUUUCCGUGGAUUCGUUCGGAUGCAUAUCACAGGUCCGCCGGAGAAAAUGCAAGCAGGGCUGGAAGCCAUUGGUGAAUUUUUGGGCUGA